UCUCUCUCUCUCUCUCUCUCUCUCUCUCUCUCUCUCUCUCUCUCUCUCUCUCUCUCUCUCUCUCUCUCUCUCUCUCUCUCUCUCUCUCUCUCUCUCUCUCUCUUUCUCUCUCUCUCUCUCUCCACGCUUCCUGUUUCUUAACACACAGAGUACACCGCGCGUUAUCUGUCACAUAACACACACUCUUUCUCUCUCACAAUACACAUGCGGUGGCCGCAACAGCAGGAAGCACUGAGGUCUAUCAUCAGACAGUGGAAACACAACCUCAACAUGCAGGGCUGAAGCUGUUCGUUCACUGAAGGACAACUCUACUGACCAAUAGUUGCUGUUUUUACAGAUGAGAAGGAGAGAGAAUAAACUCUUACUGUCUGAGACCUGAGAAGAAAGGAAAGGAGAAGAGGAUAUAGUAAAAGAGAGAUACUUUACUGCUUUCUCUGAGACCUGAGGAGAAGAGAAGAGAGGAGAGGAUAUAGUAAAAGAGAGAUACUUUACUCCUUUCUCUGAGACCUGAGGAGAAGAGAAGAGAGGAGAGGAUAUAGUAAAAGAGAGAUACUUUACUGCUUUCUCUGAGACCUGAGGAGAAGAGAAGAGAGGAGAGGAUAUAGUAAAAGAGAGAUACUUUACUCCUUUCUCUGAGACCUGAGGAUAGGAGAAGAGAAAAGAGGAGGAGAGGAUAUAGUAAAAUAGAGAUACUUUAUUCCUCUCUCUGAGCCCUGAGGAGAAGAGAAGAGAAGAGAGGAGAGGAGACAAGAAGAGACCGUAUUUUUCUGUUUUAGUCUCUGAUGGAGGAUGUUCUUCAGUGAUGCAGAUGUAACAGCCUGUGAGUCAGGACAUGCAAUUCUACUACGUGUACGUGGGUGACCAUACGUGGGCGACCAUGUUGGGCCAGAGUGUCCGUCUGCAGCCAGUACCCAUCCAGAGCCUGUCUGAGCUGGAGAGAGCCCGACUGCAGGAUGUGGCCUGCUACCAUCUGGAGAAGAGGGACCUGGACUUCAACAUCAGCAUCCCCAGAGAAAUCCGCAAGAGGAGGAAAUCACUCAGACGGAGGUUUGACUCCUCCAAAGAGAAGAAAGAGAAAGAACGAGAGACAGCCGCCAAGGCGUUUGGUAUAUCCCUCUCCCAGGCGAUAGCCAACGACCGGGCGUACAAGCAGCGCCAGGAUGCUCUGAAGGAGAGCAGAAGAGACUGUCUGGAUCUGGAGGCCAGCGUCCUGAUGUUCCGGGCUGAAAAACGCCAGCUUAGCGACGGGAACAAACCCCUCUGCAGCACGGCUUCACCACCCUUCAGUGGAUCUACGGCUUCAUCUUCCUCAUCCUCGUCAGCACUGGAGCUGCACAGCAACCCACUGUCACCCAGGUUCCUGGAUAACACGGCUAGAGUGCAGAGACGGGGUGGCCUAUCAGUGGACUGCAUCUCAGAUCUUGUAGAGAGUCAGUCCCGCCUGUUGGAGGCGCUGCAGCUGUCCCACCCUGCAGAGCUGGAGCUGAAGAAGACUGCACCCGGAGCCGGGGAGCGGACCCAGACCAAGCUCAGCCUCAACCCCAUCUAUAAACAGGUCCCCCGCGUGGUGGAACGCUGCUGCUGUCACAUAGAGAGACAUGGGCUACAAACUGUGGGGAUUUUCCGUGUUGGCAGCUCCAUAAAGAGAGUUCGGCAGCUGCGUGAGGACUUUGACAUGGGGACAGAUGUGUGUCUGGAAGAGGAGCACAGUGUCCAUGAUGUAGCAGCUCUGCUGAAGGAGUUCCUCAGAGACAUGCCUGACCCUCUACUGCCUAGAGAGCUCUACUCUGCUUUCCUCCACGCCAACCUUCUGCAAGGAACAGACCAGUUCCUGUACCUCCAGCUGCUCCUCUACCUGUUACCGGCCUGUAACUGUGAUACCCUGCUCCGCCUCCUCACCCUGUUACACACCGUACAGAGCCACGCACAUGACACCACAGGACCACAUGACACCACAGGACCACAGGACACCACAGGACCACAGGACACCACAGGACCACAGGACCACGUGUUCCUAGGCAACAAGAUGACAGCAACAAACCUGGCGGUGAUCUUUGGUCCCAACCUGUUGCAGGGGGAGGGGAGCGGAGGGGACAGGGAGAUGACUCCUCACGCCAUGGGCAUCGAGGACAGCACUGCCAUCAUCAACGUCACCCUGCAACUUAUACAGAACUACAGGCGACUGUUCACGGUGUCAGCAGAGCUCCAACAAGAGGUGCUGAUGAGUCUCAUUCAGACAGAUCCUGACAUCAUCGACUAUCUUCUCCGCAGGAAACUCAGUCACCUGGAGGUGGGGACAGUAGAUUCUACAGGGGGUCGGCGGGACACGGGGGUGUCUCUGGACUCUGUGGGGGCAUUCAGUGGUAGCCUGUCACCCCUGGAGAACCCCUCGCCAUUCUUCAACUUGUCCCCCCUGGAGCCCCCCUCUCCCCUCUUCAACCCUGACGGGCCCGGGGACGGCAGCCUGACCAGUGAGGUGUUCUUUAACCUGGAGGCGCUACGACACCACAACAACAAGAAACGCUCCAACGUGAUCCUGUCCAAGUCCAUCGGCCAGAUGAGGCAGUUCCACUCCAACCACAACCUCCUGAGUCUGGCCCAGUCCUCUAGCAGCUCCAGAGUCCACCCAGAGGACAGCUACCAUGCCCAGGAACAGAGGGCUCCGCUGGGGGAAGAUCUGAGCUUCACCCUGGGGGCUGCCUCAUGCUCCAGCCUGGGAGGACAAGGGGAUAACAGUGUCUGGGUGAGGCAGACACCCCAGGAGGAGAGAGAGAAACAGGUGGCUAACAGUGUCUGGGUGAGGCAGACACCCCAGGAAGAGAGGGAGAAGCCACCUCCUAGUAAUUCCAGUUAUUUCUGGGACUUCUUCACAGGGAAGAGCUCGGGGUCGGAGACCAUGGUAUGAUAGGACAGGACACUGGGGGGUGCGGUGGAGGGUGAGCGCAUUCCAGGGGCGGAUUGGGACUAGAAAUCGUUGGAGUAGCCAGUUUCCAGGCUGAUGGAAGGUGGUUGGACCAUGGACUCUAUGGGGGCCUCCAGUGGUAGCCGGUCACCUGACCAUGAGAGAGAGGGUAUAUAUACGUGUCAGACAAGCACAACCCAACAUACUAAACACACUGUUUUAUACUAACACUGCUUGGGACUAACAUUACCGAGGAGUUUUAUAUAUAUUUCUUUUUUACUAUUGUUCCUAUAUCUUCUUUGGACUCCGUGUGAUGCGGCUGGAGACUAUGUUAUGGUACACUAUCCCUUAUCACAGUACAGCUUUUUACUAGGCACAUUAAUUAAGUUUGAAACAUUGGUUACAAUGAUGUGGGGUGGGGGCGGGGCGGUUCUGUAAGAUGUACCGAAAAGUGUAUAAAACUUCUUUGCUUCAGCUUCUGAUGCAUGAAACAAGAAAUUGGGGCCUCUUCUUUCUAUUCCACAAGAGGGCAACCUUUACCACACCUCGUGAAGAGCUCGGGCUGGCUGCUGUGGACUGGAACUGUUACCACACUUCAUAGGACUAUUUGAAUUAACUACCAGGGACAAUAUGGCCGUAGAUAUGUUCUACAAGUAAAGACAUUAGUUAAAUAAAGGUUAAAUAAAAACUUUUUUUUUUUAAAGACAUACCUAAAGAUUCUGAGAAUGCUGUGUACUGUACAGACCUACCUAAAGAUGGAGAGAGAAUGCUGUGUACAGACCCACCUGAAGAUGGAGAGAUAAUGCUGUGUACAGACCUACCUGAAGAUGGAGAGAGAAUGCUGUGUACAGACCUACCUGAAGAUGGAGAGAUAAUGCUGUGUACAGACCCACCUGAAGAUGGAGAGAUAAUGCUGUGUACAGACCAACCUGAAGAUGGAGAGAGAAUGCUGUGUACAGACCUGCAGUUGAAGUCGGAAGUUUACAUACACCUUAGCCAAAUACAUUUAAACUAAGUUUUCACAAUUCCUGACAUUUAAUCCAAGUAAAAAUUCCCUGUUUUAGGUCAGUUAGGAACACCACUUUAUUUUAAGAAUGUGAAAUGUCAGAAUAAUAGUAGAGAGAAUCAUUUAUUUCAGCUUUUAUUUCUUUAAUUACAUUCCCAGUGGGUCAGAAGUUUACAUAUACUCAAUUAGAAUUUGGUAGCAUUGCCUUUAAAUUGAUUAACUUGAGUCAAACUUUUUGGGUAGCCUUCCACAAGCUUCCCACAAUACAUUUGGUGAAUUGUGGCCCAUUCCUCCUGACAGAGCUGGUGUAACUGAGCCAGGUUUGUAGGCCUCCUUGCUCGCACAAGCUUUUUCAGUUCUGCCCACAAAUUUUCUAUAGGAUUGUGGUAAGGGCUUUGUGAUGGCCACUCCAAUACCUUGACUUUGUUGUCCUUAAGCCAUUUUGCCACAACUUUGGAAGUAUGCUUGGGGUCCUUGUCCAUUUGGAAGACCCAUUCGUGACCAAGCUUUAACUUCCUGACUGAUGUCUUGAGAUGUUGCUUCAAUAUAUCCACAUAAUUUUCCUUCCUCAUGAAGCCAUCUAUUUUGUGAAGUGCACCAGUCCCUCCUGCAGCAAAGCACCCCCACAACAUGAUGCUACCACCCCCGUGCUUCACAGUUGGGAUGGUGUUCUUCGGCUUGAAAGCCUCCCCCUUUUUCCUCCAAACAUAACAAUGGUAAUUAUGACCAAACAGUUCUGUUUGUUUCAUCAGACCAGAGGAAAUUUCUCCAAAAAGUACGAUCUUUGUCCACAUGUGCAGUUGCAAACCCUAGUCUGGCUUUUUUUAUGGUGGUUUUGGAGCAGUGGCUUCUUCCUUGCUGAGCGGCCUUUCGGGUUAUGUCGAUAUAGGACUCGUCUUACUGUGGAUAUAGAUACUUUUGUACUAGGAGACAGAACACAUCUCCUUCCUCCUUCCUGAGCGGUAUGACGGCUGCUUGGUCCCAUGGUGUUUAUACUUGCGUACAGAUGAACGUGGUACCUUCAGGCGUUUGGAAAUUGCUCCCAAUGAUGAACCAGACUUGUGGAGGUCAAAAAAAAAAUUCUGUUGUCUUGGCUGAUAUCUUUUGAUUUUCCGAUGAUGUCAAGCAAAGAGGCACUGAGUUUGAAGGUAGGCCUCGAAAUGCAUCCACAGGUACACCUCCAAUUGACUCAAAUGAUGUAAAUUAGCCUAUCAGAACCUUCUAAAGACAUGACAUUAUUUUCUGGAAUUUUCCAAGCUGUUUAAAGGCACAGUCAACUUAGUGUAUGUAAACUUCUGACCCACUGGAAUUGUGACACAGUGAAUUAUAAGUGAAAUAAUCUGUCUGUAAACAAUUGUUGGAAAAAUUACUUGUGUCAUGUACAAAGUAGAUGUCCUAACUAACUUGCCAAAACUACAGUUUGUUAAAACAUUUGUGGAGUGGUUGAAAAACGAGUUUUAAUGACUCCAACCUAAGUGUAUGUAAACUUCCGACUUCAACCUUACCUGAAGAUUGAGAGAGAACGUCGUGUACAGGCUACAAGAGACACACCUGUUAUAGCAACUUCUACUUUAUGAUAACCUUGUCCUUACCAUGUAAAUGCAGUAUUUUGUCACUUUUUAUUUUGUAUGCAUGUGUAUUAGUGUUCUUAUCCUUUUAAGUUGCAUUGAAAUUAAAAACACAAUACUUGUUCCAUGAGGUACUUGCUAAAUGGAUAUUUAGAUCCUUCACAAUACUAUUCUAUACUUUAACAAGCGAGAGUCCCUCAAGGUGUAGCUAAACCUUGACGUUUGUCAAAUUUUUUGACAGUUGUAUCUUACAAUUAUUAUAUUCCUGAUCCAAAUUAAAAUGUACAAUUGUU